UUGAUUUCUCUCCUUCGUUUGAGCGUUUCCUCAUCUCUUCCUCAUCGUUCUCCGUUUCUUUGAGGAUUUCUGGUGGUUUUUUGGGUGAAAAUGUGUGGGAUUCUUGCUGUUUUAGGUUGUUCUGAUAGUUCACAGGCCAAGAGAGUCCGGGUUCUUGAGCUAUCUCGCAGAUUGAAGCACAGAGGGCCGGAUUGGAGUGGGUUGUAUCAGCAUGGUGAUUGUUUUCUGGCUCACCAGCGUCUUGCCAUUGUGGAUCCUGCUUCUGGUGAUCAACCCCUUUAUAAUGAAGAUAUGAACAUUGUUGUCACGGUUAAUGGAGAGAUUUAUAACCAUGAAGAACUGAGGAAGGCUUUGGUUGGUCAUAGAUUCAGGACUGGGAGUGAUUGUGAUGUGAUAGCCCAUUUGUAUGAGGAGCAUGGAGAGAAUUUUGUGGACAUGUUGGAUGGGAUGUUCUCAUUUGUGCUUUUGGAUACAAGAGACAACAGCUUCAUUGUUGCCAGAGAUGCCAUUGGUGUCACAUCCCUUUACAUUGGAUGGAGUCUUGAUGGUUCUGUUUGGAUAUCAUCAGAAAUGAAAGGAUUGAUUGAUGAUUGUGAACAUUUUGAGGCCUUCCCACCUGGACAUCUCUAUUCAAGCAAAGCAGGUGGAUUUAAGAGAUGGUACAAUCAUCCGUGGUACUCAGAGUCAAUUCCUUCCGCUCCUUAUGAUCCGCUGGUACUGAGAAAGGCUUUUGAGGAUGCUGUGAUUAAGAGACUAAUGAGUGACGUCCCAUUUGGAGUUUUAUUGUCUGGUGGUCUUGAUUCAUCCUUAGUAGCUGCAGUCACUUCUCGGUAUUUGAAAGAAACCAAAGCUGCAAAACAAUGGGGAGCUCAGCUGCAUUCUUUCUGUGUUGGUUUAGAGGGAUCUCCAGACUUGAAGGCUGCCAAAGAAGUUGCUGAUUAUCUUGGUACAGUGCACCAUGAGUUCCAUUUCACCGUUCAGGACGGUAUUGAUGCAAUUGAGGAUGUGAUUCAUCACAUUGAGACUUAUGAUGUUACUACAAUCAGAGCAAGCACUCCAAUGUUUCUCAUGGCUCGCAAGAUCAAAGCUUUGGGAGUCAAAAUGGUCCUCUCUGGUGAAGGUUCUGAUGAGAUUUUUGGAGGAUAUCUCUACUUUCACAAGGCACCUAACAAGGAAGAAUUCCAUCGAGAAACAUGUCAUAAGAUAAAAGCUCUACACCAGUAUGAUUGUUUAAGAGCAAACAAGGCUACAUCUGCAUGGGGACUGGAAGCUAGAGUCCCAUUUCUGGACAAAGAGUUCAUUGAUGUAGCAAUGAGCAUUGAUCCUGAAUGGAAAAUGAUCAAACCUGAAAGUGGGAGGAUAGAGAAGUGGGUCUUAAGAAAAGCAUUUGAUGAUGAAGAAAAGCCAUAUCUUCCAAAGCACAUUCUCUAUAGACAGAAAGAACAGUUCAGUGAUGGUGUUGGUUACAGUUGGAUUGAUGGACUCAAAGCUCAUGCAGAACAACAUGUUACUGACAAGAUGAUGCAAAAUGCUGGAAAUAUCUUUCCACACAACACACCCACAACUAAGGAAGCAUACUAUUACAGGAUGAUAUUUGACAGAUUUUUCCCACAGAACUCUGCAAGCUUGACAGUUCCAGGAGGUCCCAGUGUUGCUUGCAGCACAGCAAAAGCAGUUGAAUGGGAUUCACAAUGGUCAAACAACCUUGAUCCUUCAGGCAGGGCUGCGUUGGGUGUUCAUGAAUCAGCUUAUGAACCUCAUGUUCCUGCUGCUAUUGCCGCUGGGAAAGGGGCUAAUAUGAUAACCAAAAAGAAGAAGCCAAGAAUUGUUGAAGUUACUGCUUCAGGGCUCCCAAUUAGCACUUGAUAAUCUCUUAUUUAGACUAGUAUUUAUUAUUGUUGUUGUUGAUUAUUUU